AGCUUUGCUAUCUGUCAUUUAUAUGAGCACGCUCCUAGCGUUGCGCUCAUUCCCCUACCCUCUCGCGUCGUUGGUCGGUGUUUCACUGAGUAUAACUAGUUGUAACUAUGGCGAAGGUGGAUACCUCCUCUAGCAGACCCUAUCACAUUGUUAUUUUUGGGGCUUCGGGAUUCACCGGGCAGUUCGUGGUUGAAGAGGUGGCCAGGACCGUAUCGGAGGGGCCCAAUGGGUCGCUGACAUGGGCUGUGGCUGGGAGAAGCAGACAGAAACUGGAUAAAGUUCUAGAGCAGGCCGCCGGAGCCCUCGGUAAGCCGGAGCUGAGGACUGCGGUGGAUGUCAUCGUGGCUGAUGUGGGAGAGCCUGACUCGCUGGCUGCCAUGUGCAAACAGGCUGUCAUUGUUCUCAACUGUGUGGGGCCAUACAGGUUCUGGGGCGAGCCUGUGGUAAAGGCAUGCGUGGAGAACGGAGCACACUGCAUUGACAUCUGUGGAGAACCCCAGUUCCUAGAGAGUAUGCAGUUGAACUACGACAGUCAGGCAGCUGAUAAAGGAGUGUACAUUGUUGGGGCUUGUGGCUUCGACUCCAUACCUGCAGACAUGGGAGUCCUCUACACCAGGGACCAGUUCAAAGGGACACUCACAGCUAUCGAGAGCUUCCUGACAGCCAGCACAGGACCUGAGGGUGGUUCUAUCAAUGAUGGUACAUGGAAGUCGGCCAUCUAUGGUUUUGCUGACAGCGGGAAGCUGAGGAGCCUCAGGAAGAAGUUUGGACACAAACCUCUCCCUGUGGUGGGCUCAAAGAUCAAACGCAGGAGUGCCCUGUUCUACAGUAAUGAGGUGCAGCAGUAUGCAGUUCCGUUUAUGGGAGCCGACCCCUCGGUGGUGAAGAGAUCUCAACGCUUUCUACUGGAGGAACACCAGGAAACACCUGUUCAGUAUGGUGCGUAUGCAGGAGUAGGAGGUGUGGCCAACAUUGUCAAGAUGCUAUUCGCUGGGAUGAUGUUCUGGUUCCUGGUCAAAUUCAGCUUUGGACAAGACCUGCUGAUUAAGUAUCCAGAGUUUUUCUCCUUUGGUUUCUUCUCCAAGGAUGGACCAACAAGAAAGCAGAUGGAGGGUUCAUCCUUCAAGUUUGCAUUCUACGGAGAAGGCUACACUGAGGGACAGGACCCCAGCCAGGGACGACCUAAUGCCAAGAUCCGCACACUAGUCCAAGGACCAGAGGCGGGCUACGUGGCCACGCCCAUCGCCAUGGUACAGGCAGCUAUCACCAUCCUGAACGAACCCAAAGCCCUCCCCAAGAAGGGAGGUGUGUACACCCCAGGAGCAACCUUUGCCAAAACUAAGCUGGUGGAGCGCCUCAACAAACAUGGCAUCCGGUUCUCUGUCAUCUAAUGUGUGACCUCAUUUAGCCCCUGACCCCAGGUCGUCAGCACUUGUGACUCUACUGGUGUUUUCACUAGACGGUCAUGCUGCAAAGUGAAACUUGGCUAGCUGCAACAUUUAGUUAAUCAGUGAAAAUUUGCUUAGUUAGGGUUAGGUCUAAGGUUACGUUUAGUGUUUAAAAUCAGAUUUUUUGGGGGGGAGAACAGUCUUCCUUCCAACGUUGCAGCAUGGCCCAAUAAUGAUGACCCUCUGCUUGUCUGUGACUGUAGUCUUGAAAAAGACAGUUUACUUAUUGUCAAAUAAUGGUGCCUCUGCUUUAGCUAACUCACCAACGGUUGUGCAGUUUGUGUCAUGGCUCAGUAGAGUAGAAGAGAAGUGUGUGUGUAUGCCUGUUUCUCUCAAAAAGCUUGACUGCAUUAAGGAUGCUUCUGUAAGUUUUGUCCUUCCUCUGAUCAAUACUUGUUUAAUUUCCAAGCACUGUCUGAAACCUACCUUGUUUCAAGAGAAUCAGCACUUAUAAAUGGUUUCAGAAAUUCCUCCUUUGAAGGAGUGUGUGCUAUAUUCCGGGAAUCAAAUAUAGUUUAGCAGGAUCUUUUCUUUUUGGGGGGUAAUGUGUAGCAAAAUUAUAUUGUUGAGAUCAAAGUAGUGCUUGCUGCUUGUUAGAAAUGGGUGUUUGGGUACUAUACAAACACACACACACACAAAGAUGGAAUGAUCCUUUCCACAACUUUGCAGUGUCUUCUGUGAUUCACUGAGCAUGCCCGUGUGUGUGGUGGGCAGGUUCUGUUCUUGUUCUGUUUUCCUCCUAGGGCUGUAGGUCUUCUCUACUUGGCUGAAUAAAACCAACACUACUGAAGUAAACCA